GCAACGCGCUGGGCUUGGUCACCCAGGGCCAGGGAGAGACCGAAGGGGACCUGAAGCGGAAGAUGAUCAAGAUUGCCCAAGCGGUCCGAGAGGCGAACCUCCGCUCCGAGAAUAUGCAGUCGGACAAGAACCUGUGGGCUUCGCUCUCGAAGUCCAAGAUGGAACGGCUUCGUUCCAGUCAUGCCGGGAAACUCAAGCGAAUGCUUAUGGAGAUUGACCCCGCCCUCCGUGAUCAUAUGGAUGUCGAGUGGAACGCGGGAUCGCUCUGGCUGAGGGGGGUGCUCCUGGGCAGUGCUACCCGUGGCAAGCCGGUGGGAGCGACGAUUGCUGAGGGGAAGGUCCCGCAGGCAUGGGUGGAUCUCACUACGGCCGGUCGUGUCAUCGGCUGCUCUGAGAGUGACCUACGUGAUCGCUGGUCGAACCUCAUGGACUACUGCCCGGAGAGGGCCGGUGAGCUACAGGCACAACCUUUGAAAUUCGUAUCCUGGAACAUUGGUGGCAAACCGGUGCAAGACGCACUGACUGCUAUCAAGGUGGAUGAGCGCUACACCCUCGUCCAAUUCAGAGACGACCUCCGACAGUGGAGAGGCAAUGGCAUCCUCUUUGAUUCGGAUCAGUUCGUAUGCCUCAGGAGGAAGGCGAACCAUGUUGGUGUAUGGGCCCGAUUGAGACACGUGGCGACCCAAGUUGAAGUUUGGGUGGGGUCGGCCAGACUAAGCACAGGGGUCACGGAUGAUAUUACAGCGGGGGAGGUUCAGGAACUACUCGCUUCGAACCCCCAACUUGUUGUCUUUAUGGCCGACUUCAACACCAGAAUGGCUUGGAGUAGAGGGGGGGGCAGAGGCUGCUUCCGGCCCACGACGGGGAGAGCAGACAACCUGCUGGCUGAAAUCGAGGGAAGGGGGCUUCAGUUCUGCCCUCCCAGUGAAGAGCAGUGGGACACCCCCAUUAGCCGGCCUCGCCGAGCAGGGGCUAAAGGAAGACAAAUCGAUGGGGUGGCGAUCUCGGGGGCACCACUUCCCUGCAUUUCCAUUGAGGAGAGAUCCUACACCCAGAUUGGUGGCGACCAUGACCGAGUCUCCCUCAAGUUGGAGAUUGCAGGAAAGGGGAGAGGUCCUCAGAUCAUAGCCACAGGGCCCCGGAUAGUCACAGGUUCACUCCCCAGCCUCGGCGAAGUCGACCAGGACGUACUGAUGAAGCUUGCCAGAGACCGCACCAAACCCAAGCCGGGCACUCGGUACCAGGACCCCCCCGAAGUAAAGCAGAUGUACCGGGAGGCAAAAAGGCACGGCGGAGAGGCCAGAUGGAAAGCAGCCCACAAAGCCAGAAGACAGGCUCAUGAUCAGUGGCAAAGGGACAAACUGGAGCGAGCGUCGCAGCGCAGUUGGAAGGACUACAAGGACCUCAAACAGACGCAGUCCGGGACCACCUGGGCAGUUCACAUGUCUGAGGAGGCCUUCGCAGCUGGGAAAGACCCCCAACAGUGGACCAUCUCUCACUUCAAAGCCCUCUUCACUGACGCGAGUGGCAGGGCGCUCCCUUCCUGGAGUCGUGGCCGACCGGAGUCAAACCCCUUCAGCAUGGAGGAAUUGGAACUGGCAGUGCAGAACGGCAAGAAAGGGAAAGCAGUCGGGAUGGACCUCACCUCCUUUGAGCUCUUGAAAAGCCUCAUGCAGGACGACCAAACCGCCAAGGCCUUGCUCAGGUGGAUGGAAGAUAUCCGACAGGGCCGACCCAUCCCGCCGCAGUGGCUACAAACCAUAGUCACUCUCUUACCCAAAACACCCUCCCCAAGUGGCCCCGGAGAGCUCCGACCCAUAAGCCUGGGGAGUGCGGUCGGGAAGGUGUACGGCACUAUGCUGCUGAGGCGAACCCGUGCAGCAAUCCAGCCGAUUGGACCGGAGCAAUGCUCGCACUCCGGACGCCAAACGGCGGAUUACGUGUAUACAGCCAUUCGAUCCUUUCAGCUUGACACAGAGUGGCGAUGGGGCCUGCACUGGGUCAAGCUUGACAUCAGUAAAGCGUUCGAUAGCUUGGACAGAGUGAAAGCCCUCACACACCUGCAAAAAGCUCUACCAGAGAACAUGCACCUCGAGUUCGAAAGCUGGAGGCGCCUACUGAUGCCAGGCACGGCUGUGAUUCGGACACCAUGGGGCGAGCAAAGCAUAGGGCAGACGAGAGGGAUCAGACAGGGCGCAGUAGAGAGCCCGUGGCUCUUUUCGCUCGCGAUGGAGCUUGCACUUAGCGAAGCCCAAGCUCAUGCUGAGUGGCCCAGCACUAUCGGGGCUGCCCCGGACCUCUGCAUCACCGACCUGUUGUUUAUGGACGACAGCUUGUUGUGGUCGGGUAGUCAGCGCGACUUGAAGAAGAAAUACGACAUUCUUAGUGGCACCUUGGCAGAAUGGGGGCUCAUGGUCAACCCAAAGAAGACAGCUUACUAUGCCAGCCCACAUGCGACUGAGCAGGGGCCACUUCUACUCGACAAAGUAGCCGUCAAGAGCAGAGAGUCUCUGGAAGUCAUGGGCAUCGCCUUGAGUGUACCCCUCAAGCCUGCGGGGCUGAUGGACGCAGCCCUGGCCAAGGCUAGGAAGAAGUACUUUGCUUCCCGCGACAUGCUCGAGUGCCGCACACCGUUGAAGGAGAGACUCAAACUUUUCUCCUCUACAGUAGCAGGUGCGGCCCUAUGGUACUCUGCUGCGGCACCGCCAAGCCCGCAGGGCAUGGGGGCAGUGAACAGUCUGCAAUUGGAAUUAGUAGCAAGAAUGGCUGGCUUCCGCAGACGAAGCAGCGAGACUUGGCUGGAAUACCACACUCGCAGCCGCAGAGCCGCCCGGCAGAUCCUUGUCAAUCACCAGAGCCCCCGGUGGAGCACCAUAUGGUUGCAGAGAUAUUGGGGGUACAAAGGACACAUAGCAAGAGCCGCUCGCAGAACCAAGCCACCGGCGAGCAGCCUCAUUGACAGUUUCCGUACCUACCCUUGGUGGAGGCAACAACAGAGGAUGACCACCGGGCUCAGGCACCCAGCCUCCUUUUACCCAUACCUAUCCAACGAUGAGCUCCGACUGAACCGUGCUGCAGCACGGGAAGACUGGAGGCAGCUUGCCACAGACCCCCAGGCCUGGAAGCAAGCCGAAGCAGAAUGGAUCAGACGUAGCCUGGACCACAGGCCGACUGUAAGCCCUUCCAUGCCCAUGAUGACGACGUUCGUGAUGAACAUGUUCAUGGUCCUCUACACGAUUGAAGCCGGGUCUCGCUGGACCCAAGAGGACCAGUACGACCUCGCCAACGGGGAGAUGCAGAGCUGCAGGGUUCAGAGCCACGAGGACCACCGAGACCCGCUGUUUUACUCGACCAUGACCGAGGGGGCUUACAGGAUCUCCCGCCCCGGCCGCGAGCUGAACUCCCAGGACAACAUGCACAACCGGGCCAUGAUGAAGAUGCACGAUGGACGAGGGGGCCUGCCAGAUGGCGACGAGGGGGGGAGUACAGUGCAGGCAUGGAAGCUGACGCUGGAUGGACAAGACAGAGCCCUGAUCUACGAGAGCAACCGAGGUACCCUGCCUCGCCAACUCGAGACCGAGGCCAAAAGAAGGGACCAGCUUCUGAAUUACGAGCGCCACCGGGACCUCUUGUUUUACCCGACCAAGACCGAGGGGGCCUACCAGAAUACCCACCCCGACUACGAGCUGAACUUUCGGGGCACCAUCCAGAACCAGGACGUCAUCACUGCUCGGGAGAUGUAA